AUGAUUAUAAAUGACAUUAAACUUAAUGUUGUUACCUACAAUUCUUUAACGGAUGGGCAUUGUCUAGUAAAUGAAGUGAACAAGGCCAAUGAUAUAUUCAAGACUAUGGUUCAAAGGGGAGUGACUCCUGAUGUUUACAGCUACAAUAUCAUGAUUAAUGGAUUCUGUAAGAUUAAAAUGGCAGGCAAAGCUAUAAGUCUCCUCAAAGAAAUGCAUUGCAAAAAAAUCGAUCCAAAUACAGUAACUUAUAGUUCCCUUAUUGAUGGCUUGUGCAAAUUGGGGAGAAUCUCAUAUGCUUUGGAGCUUGUAGAUGAGAUGUGUAAUAGAGGUCAACUACCUAAUGCAAUUACGUACAAUUCUAUAUUGGAUGCUUUAUGCAAAAACCAUCAAAUUGAUAAGGCAAUUGCAUUUUUUAAAGGAUUUAAAGGCAAAGGUAUUCAACCAACUUUGUGCACAUACACUAUUCUUAUCGAUGGAUUGUGUAAAGGUGGAAGACUAAAAGAUGCACGAAAGGUUUUUGAAGAACUUUUGGUCAAAGGAUACAAUCUCGAUGUCUAUACAUUUAUUGUUAUGAUCCAUGGAUUUUGUAACAAUGGCUUGUUUGAUGAAGCGUUGACAUUGCUGUCAAAAAUGAAAGACAAUGGUUGCAUUCCGAAUGCUCGAACUUAUGAAAUUAUUAUUAUUUCCCUAUUUGAAAAUGAUGAAAAUGUUAAAGCUGAGAAACUUCUUCGUGAAAUGAUUGCAAGAGGUCUACUAUAA